UGUCUGUCCGUUCGUUCUUCCCAAUAGUUGAAUCGAACCAAAAGAAAGAUGUGGAGUGUGUUCUUCGUUGGGUUGGUUGUUGGAGUGCUAGCAGUUGUGAGUCUGGAACUGGUGGGAUUGUUGUUCGUGUUAAAUCGAUUGAAUCGAAGGAUCAAACGAGAAUCUCUUGCUGCCUCGAAUCCCCAGUCUCAACCUCCCCUCGAUUUCGCUUACAACAAGCAGGGGACUGUUUGGGUUCUUGAAUCAGAAAAAGCUCCAACACCCAGGGAGCAGAAGCGAAAAAAGGACUCGCCCUUGGAGGUUUCCCCUACCCGAAAACAUGCUAAAAUCCUGGAAAACAACUUGGUUUUCAUACAUUCUGAUGCUUCCCGCACUACUACUAUUCCCCUUAAGGGCUGCAUCAUUGAGGCUGUUUCCGCAACCAAUUUACCCUCAAGAAAAUGGACCAAGAGAUUUCCAAUAAGAGUGGAAAGCAAAACUUCACCCAUCUACAAUGGAAGUAAAACAAUUUACCUUUAUCUGGAGACUUCUUGGGAGAAGGCAUCAUGGUGCCAAUCUCUUCGUCUUGCUUCAUUUGAGGAUAAAGAAAAGCUGAGCUUGUUUGCUAAGCUGAAUGAAGACUUUCGUGCUUACUUAGCAUCUUUAAAUGCUGGAUAUCCGUCGUUUAUGAAACCCUCUUUAGGUUUCAGUGCUGAGCCAAUGGAUAAGGGAGGUAAAUUUGAUGGAUCUUCAUCAAAAGUUAGAUUAUUUUGGAGAAAGCUUUCCAAAAAGGCCAUAAAGCCUGGUAUGGAAAAUAAGGGAAUUUGGACAUCUCAAACUGCCCGUGAAGAUAGAAAGACUUGUGAGAAACAGCAUCCAUUCCAAGAUUCAGUGACAAAGAAAGUACCAAACAAUUCGACCGAAGAAAAUAUGCCAUUUCCAUUACAGCAAGGUUUUCCUUGUACAGUUAGUCAAAGUGCUUCUGUUGCUUCUGAUGCUGAUUCAGAACAAGAAAAGUUUAGUUUUGAUGAAGGGACGCUCUGCUGGAACUUGUUAAUUUCUCGAAUGUUUUUUGAUAUCAAAGGAAAUGCAGCGUUGAAAAGUUCUAUUCAAGCACGGAUUCAGAGAACAUUGUCCAAUAUGAGGACCCCUAGUUACAUUGGUGAAGUCAUUUGUACUGAUUUAGACAUUGGAAACCUCCCACCUUAUAUCCAUGCAACGAGGCUUCUUCCUACAGACAUGAAUGAGGUAUGGGCAUUUGAAGUUGAUGCUGAAUAUUCUCAUGGAAUUCUGUUAGAUGUUGAGACCAGACUAGAAGUUAGUGACCAGGAUUUUCAAAAAGGCCUAGUGGAUCCGAGUUCAGAAUCAAGUUCUGCUGAGAAUGUCUCUUCAGACCUUCUUGAAGGCUUUGAGCAUUUUGGAAAGCAUUUGAAUCUUCCUGAAGAGGAUGAGGUCGACCCCAAAGUUGUGAAAGAAACUGGCCAAGUGAACUUACAUUUGAUGUUUCUAUCAUUUGUGCAGGCGGCUAUACGGGAAACUAUGGUGCUUCCAAACUGUGAGAGUGCAUGCAUUCCUUUCAUGCUAGCAGAAAAAGAUGAUUGGGUCCCAAGGAAAGAUGCCCCAUUUAUAUGGCUUAAUCAAGAGGCAGCUACGGAUAAUAACAUUGAAGCAAAGGAAAAUAGCAGGAAAACCUCAAGCUCUCAUCCAGAGAGCAAGAAUCCAAAGCCGAAGAAGGAUUCCUCUCGGGAUUUAGGCACCGAGUCUGAAGCCAUACCGUCAUCAAGUUCUUCAGCAAAGAGUAGGUCUUUGCAAGAUCUAAGAACUCCCCUUCUUGCGAUUGAUGAACCACAUGAAACACACCAGCAGAAUAGAGAGGAAACUUCAGAUUCUGUGUCGGUAUCUAGGUCUUUGACCGAGUCUGAACGGCAGAGUAAUGUAGGCGACGACAUUGAUUCAAGGUCAAAGAAGACGGGGAGGAGGGCAAGGAUGAUGGAUUUGACGAAGAAAAUGGGAGAGAAACUUGAAGAGAAGAAGCGACACAUUGAAGAAAGGGGUAGGCACAUUGUUCAGAAAAUGAGAGGACCUUGAGACCAGUUGAAACUUCAUGGCAUUCAUUCUUUGAUGCUGAAAAGGACUGUAAAUGUGAACUUGAAGAACUAUAUAUCAAAGAAAUAGUAUAUUUAUAGU